AAUGAUAAUGUUGUCCAUGAACCUCAUAAUUUCCCCUUUGAAUCAUCCAUUAUUAAUGGGAAUAUUCCUGCGCCCAACUUUUCUUCGUCCUCUUCUGCCUGCAUCAAGAACAACAACUAUAAUGAUUGCUCAUUAUCUUCCCUUGUUGGGUUUUCUGAGAAUAUUGACCACAGAUCAUCAUCAUCAUCAUCAUUGUGGGUUUCUCGGGAUGAUAUUGCUGAAACUGACCAGAUCUUGAGAUCAGCUCAGACAUUAAUGCAAGGAGAUAUUACUGAAGCACAGUUGGAACAAGAGAAGGAGAAGAGCAGUACUAAUAAUAUAGACCAAGUCAGAGAGGAGGACCAUUUUAAUAAUAAUAAUAGUAACUGUUUGGAAGGGUCAAGCAAUAACUUUGAUUUUGGGUUGUUGGAAGGUGUACUUAACUCUGAAUAUAUGUCUUAUGACGUCCUCUCCUCCAUGGAUGAUCUUGCAUGGAACUUUUAGAUCAUGCACCCCUCUUUGACAUUCCUUUUAAUUUUGUUUAUAUUUCGUCAUUGUAACUAAAUUUCUCUUAUCUGUCAACUUAAUUGGGAGAAAUAUUUGUGUAUCACAUAACAGGUACUCUAUACAAAAUACUUUAGACGAAAUAUUCUUCAGUUAAUUAUUGUCAUUUCACAUGUAACAUUUGUAAA